CUACCCAAUCACAGCACGAAAAAGUUCUCCUGCGGAAGAACGAUGUCAAGGAAUGUCUAAGUGUAACCUGGAAUCGUAAUAUAAUAUUCUCGAUAUGGAUUUUCUGCUUGUGAACAAAACGCGACUGCUUCUCCUCGCAGUGUUCGGAUUGAGUUUGGUGGAGGUGUUCGUUUUCGGGGAGGAGAGCAGCGAGUUCACUUUCCUUUUACAAGCCGGAAAAUCCGAUUGUUUCUUCCAGCGCGCUAUACAGAAUGGUACGAUGGAGGUCGAGUAUCAGGUGAUUGGAGGAGCCGGCAUGGAUGUGGAUUUCACCAUCCUCAAUCCAGAGGGCGCACCAUUGGUCGCAGAGACUCGUCGCUCUGAUGGAGUUCAUGUGGUGGAGCCCACAGUGGAGGGAGACUAUCAAGUCUGCUUUGAUAACAGCUUCAGCCACUUCUCGGAGAAGAUGGUGUUCUUCGAGCUUUAUGUCGAGGGGCAAGGAGGAGAUGUGGGCGGUGAUGAAGAAUGGGCUGGUUUAGAGGAGAUGGAUGAAAACAUGUUGCAGUACAAGUUGCAGGAUAUGAGAGAGUACAUGGACUCUGUACAAAAACGUCUUGAACGUAGUCGGCAGAUGCAAACAGUGUUGCGAGCUUUUGAGGCGCGGGACCGAAAUCUUUUAGACGACAACCUGUGGAGAGUCUCGUUUUGGUCAUGUGCCAGUGUACUGGUGAUGCUGUGCGUGGCCCUCACCCAGGUCUACACUGUGCGCAAACUGUUUGAUGAUAAGCGGAGGAUCUGCACGUAGAACGAACUCUGUGAUGUGACAAGACAAGCUGGGUGGGGCUCACAAGCCACGGCAACUGGGUGGAGACAUUGAACAUAGCACCAGCUGUCGGCACCAAGUGAUGUGGUUCACUUCUGGAAGCUUGUCGCGCACCAGUCUGUGCAAUAAGAGUUCACAGUGAAGAACAGUUCCUAUGUUGGUGGCCCUUUUUGUUUCCUUUAGUGCCUUUUUAAUGUGAAAUCUUACCACAAACUGAUGCCAAAAAUACAUUUUAAAAGGCACUGCAGUAUAUUUUGCAGUUAAACAAUGGUGAGUGUUGCUGUAUGUGUUUUUUUUUUUCUAAAGGUGAAAUGUCUGUGACUUGUACAACCUGUCAUCUUUUCCAGUUUAUACGCGUUAAUAAUGUGCAAUACAGUCAUAUUGAAUUUGCUCUCCAAUUUGUUUUUAAAUAAGGUUUUUUUU